ACGCUAGGGUUUUAGAAGCCAAGCCGGGGUUUUACACAUCUUCCUCUUUCUCUCGGUCUUAGAGAUCUGAGAGUCAACUAUCUCCUCUUCCACUUCCUGCUAAUACUUGUUCGAUCUUGCUUGCAAUGGCGACCAUUGCUCCCCCAGUUCCUGGUUCAGCAGCUGACGCUAGUGCACAGAAGAAGGUGGAGGAGAAAGUUGAUUACCUGAAUCUUCCCUGUCCGAUUCCCUAUGAAGAGGUCCACCGUGAAGCUCUCAUGUCUUUAAAACCAGAGCUCUUUGAGGGGAUGCGCUUUGAUUUCACCAAGGGACUUAAUCAGAAGUUUUCUCUUAGUCAUAGUCUGUUCAUGGGGCCUACCGAGGUUCCUUCUCCAUCAUCAGAGACCCUUAAAAUCCCUACUUCUCACUAUGAGUUUGGUGCGAACUUUAUUGAUCCUCAGUUGAUGCUUUUUGGGAGAAUAAUGACUGAUGGGAGGCUAAAUGCAAGAGUCAAGUGUGAUUUAACAGAAAAACUCACCUUAAAGGCCAAUGCUCAGCUUACAAAUGAACCACAUAUGUCUCAUGGGAUGGCCAACUUUGAUUAUAAGGGAACAGACUAUAGGACACAGCUUCAAUUUGGGAAUGGAGCCUUAUUUGGAGCAAGUUAUAUUCAGAGUGUGACACCUUAUUUAUCAUUGGGUGGAGAAGUAUUUUGGUCUGGUCAACAUCGGAAGUCUGGCAUUGGUUAUGCUGCUCGGUACAACACUGAUAAAAUGGUUGCUACAGGGCAAGUAGCUAGCACUGGAAUGGUUCUUCUAAGCUAUGUUCAGAAGGUUUCUGAGAAGGUGUCUCUAGCAUCAGAGUUCAUGUAUAAUUACAUGUCAAGAGAUGUCACAGCUAGCUUUGGUUAUGAUUACAUUCUUAGACAGUGCCGCCUGAGGGGAAAGAUUGAUUCCAAUGGCACUGCCUCUGCAUAUCUCGAGGAACGGUUGAAUAUGGGUCUCAACUUCAUUCUUUCAGCCGAGCUUGAUCACCGGAAAAAAGACUACAAAUUUGGGUUUGGUUUGACUGUUGGAGAAUAGAUUAGGAGGACUGGAAGAUUUUUUUAUCCCUCAUUGCUGGUGCCAGCGUAGCGGGCUUUCUUGCUUCUUUUGAUCUGAUUUUUUUCUCUCGCUUUUUUGAAAUUAGAGAAAGGAAACUGAAUGCGGAAAACAUCAUAUAUGUGAUCCCCAACUUGCUGCAGAAAAUUGAGUAGUCAUAUAUCUGUUUGGAACAGGGGCCGAAGACGAGUUUCUAUUUGGAUCCCGUCUAGUUCCCCUCUUAGGGCCUGUAGAGCGAUCAGAAAUUCAAAAUAUUAAUAAUGCAUUUCGUGAUGAGAUUCAUGGCUCCCGUUUUA